AGAAAAAUAAUAACUAUUAUAUUCUAAUUAGUAAUACAUUGACCAGUGCAAAACUAUUUUAAGAAAGAAAUUAACUGUAAACAACUGUCAAAUAUCUCCAGCAAAUCAACCAUUCAAUCCAUUCCAAAAUACUCCAAAUCCUUAUCCUCAAAUGCCCCCAUCUUUGCAAAUUAUAAAUACCACCAUGUUUCUGCUUCCAUUCUUCCUUAUUUAUAGUAAAAAUCAAAACUUUUUGGAGUUUGGUUUUGAUUUCUGACAGCCUAUUUUUCUCUCCAGAUUAUGCAGAUCUAAAGCAAUUCCGUGUUCCAAAAUCUAAUCUUUCUGGCAUCAUCAUCCUUAGAAUUCCAGUUUUUCUCAGACAAAAAAAGUUCAAAGGUCUUAUCUUUAGAUAUCUGUCCUCGUCAUUCUGCAUGCAUUUCUGUUCAUCUAAUCAAAUGGUCUCUUCUAAAUCUGCAUUUAAAACCAAACCAUAUCUUAUAUGAAUCACAAUAUUCCUCUUUGCUUCAUUUCCUGUCUCCAGUCCUUCUCAGUGGUGUUCCUUUACUGGUUUUAUGUCUUCUCAUGAACUAAACCCAUCCUGUUAAUCCAUUAAAUACAAACUCAUCAUUCAUUCAUUCAUUGGUUCAUUUAUUCAUUGUUGAAGUUCUUGAAAUGGCAUCAAAGCAAGCAGCUCAAUCUUCAUGCUCUGAAGAGGAUCAGAGGAAGCGAAAGAGGAUGAUAUCAAAUAGGGAGUCGGCGAGGAGGUCUAGAAUGCGAAAGCAGCAGCACAUGGAUGAUCUUACAAAUCAGGUUGCAGAAUUGAAGAAUGAGAACAGUCAGAUAAUUGCACAGGUCAAUUUGAUUGCAGAGCAAUACCUUAACAGUGACUUGGAGAAUGCUGUUUUGAGAACUCAGGUGAUAGAGUUGACGGAGAGGCUUCGAUCAUUGAGCUCAGUUCUUCGGUUUGUGGAAGAAUUCAGUGGCACACCCAUGUAUAUACCGGAGAUACCAGAUCCGCUCCUGCAGCCAUGGAAGCUCCCCCAACCUGUGCAGCCGAUCAUAGCAUCUGCUAAGAUGUUUCAAUGUAAAUUUUGAGAUCUUCGAGCUACU